UUCUGACUGAAACCACGUCCUGCAGCAGGUCACGCUCGUGCGUCCGCUAUCGCAACACUGUCUUCGCGAGCACAUUAAAAAAGGCCACGCGCCUUUCGUGCCCUUGGGGAUCAGCCUCGCGCGCAGGCUUCUCGUUUAAGGGCGGCGAAGGAAGUGAGUGCGUGGACUGAGCUUUCACCGAUACUUUCUUUCAUCGAUUUCACUUCUAAGAUAUCCGUUCCCGUUUGAAUGAACUUGUUCAGAUCUUUAGGACACUUCUUCCUGGACCAUGAAGACUACUCGGAAGUGUCGUGCGCUGUUGUCCGUUGGGCUGAAUCUGUUGGCUCUGUUAUUCUCAACGACGGCAUUCAUCACCACUUACUGGUGCGAAGGCACUCAAAGGGUUCCCAAACCCACCUGCAGCAACGAGAGGCGGCACAAUUGCAUUGACUAUGGGGUAAACGAGACAGACCCAAGCAAAGUUCACUACAGCUGGGAGACAGGCGAUGACCGUUUUCUCUUUAGGCAUUUCCACACAGGAAUCUGGUACUCUUGCGAAGAGAAUCUCCACGGUGGAGGUGAGAAAUGCAGGAGCUUUAUUGAUCUGGCCCCAGCUUCGGAGAGAGGUGUCCUUUGGCUGUCAGUGGUCUCCGAGGUGCUAUACAUCAUGCUCCUGGUGGUUGGCUUCAGUCUAAUGUGCCUGGAGCUUUUUCACUCCAGUAACGUGAUCGAUGGGCUGAAGCUCAACGCCUUCGCGGCUGUCUUCACCGUGCUCUCAGGACUCCUGGGGAUGGUGGCGCACAUGAUGUAUACGCAGGUAUUCCAGAUCACCGUCAGCUUGGGGCCUGAGGAUUGGAGACCGCACACGUGGGACUACGGCUGGUCUUUCUGUUUGGCCUGGGGCUCCUUCACCUGCUGCAUGGCCGCCUCCGUCACCACGCUCAACUCCUACACGAAGACGGUGAUCGAGUUCCGGCACAAACGCAAGCUCUUCGAGCAGGGCCUCCGGGAGGAGCAAGCCUUCCUGGACGAGGAGGCCUUCCACUACUUCCGAGACAGGUCUGUGCAGUCUGUGUCCGGCUCAGUGGACACCUACCCAGGCCAUGGCGGAGGGCACACUGGUGGCCGUGGGAAACUGCGUGUGCCCUCUGCCUCCGUGGACCUGGGUGACAAUGCGGAGUCUCUGGGCGAGGAACAGUGCUGAGCAGGAGGUGGCCCUCAGUGGUAGGCUCCACCCUGGGCCAGGAACUCUGAGGGACUGGCAGAGGAGUGGUUAAAAAAAUCUAUAGUUUAUAUAUGAAUAGGAUCAAAUGUGUUCCUCGUACAUGAGAAAGAGUGGACAUAAUGUGAUGAGAAAUAAACUGAAACUGUGAUAUGCAAGCCGUGUGUUGGCGUAGAGAUUUCCGAUUGUCAAUGUAGUCUUGUGGGCAGGGUGGUUUUCUAUUGUAGCCGUCUUUUUUUGGGGGGGGUGGGGGUCUGGGUCAGAGGACAUGCACUAACACUGCCAUCUGCACCAAGGGCUGUGUGUCCGCAGAUCAGCAUGGAUUAGAUAGCAGCGCGUUUUUUGAGACGUAUAAGUACAGCAUCCUCUGUUGUCAAUAUGGCCAGCAUGAAUACGCCUUUAUGUGAAAAACUGUAGCUCAGAUGAGCGCUUAAGUCCCACCGUACUGCACCCGAUAACACAGAGAAGCACAGUGCAGCACGGUGUUUGUCAGCCUGAAGAAUCAAAGGCUUGAGCCACUAAAAGAAUUCUAAAAGGUUAUUGCCACAAGCUUAGACUCUGCCUGUUCUUGGUUUUUUGUUGUUUUUUGUGGCGUUUUUUUUUUGUAUGUGUGUGUGUGUAUGUGUGUGAGAGCGUGUGCGUGUGCAUGUGUGUGCGCGUGCAUACGUGUGUAUGUUUCAUAUACAGUAAUGAAUUGUUGAGUAACCGUCAGUGGCAAGACCUUCCCACCUUCACCUUUUUUUGAUGAUUUUUAAGAUUUUACUGGUAAGGUAUUAACUAAAGUAUUAUUCAGUUUUUGAAUGUACAAAAUAUAUUUAUCUAUGUAUGCAUUAAAA